UCCCCACCAUCUUCAAAGACCCCCACGGGUCCCUAAUUCCCUGAAGACACUAUACUCGUAUCACAAUGAGCACAGAAAUGCUGAAUUCCGACUCCUCGGCUUCUCUCCCUGAACUAGUGUCCUCGGACGCAGUAGCGACGCCGAACGAAGACGAACUGACAGAAGACCCUUUCCUGCAGAUGCUCGCCGAGACCGCCGACCUAGUCCCGGCGCUGAACCACACGACCAAGUUCGCAGGCAAGGAGUACGCGACCUCUGCCUCGGGCGUGAUGGAGGCCGAGUUCAGCGGCGUGCCGGUCAAGAUCGCGAUCGACGGCGGCGCAUCGGGGUGUGGAGGUAAGGUCUGGCCGGCGGGGGAACUGCUUUCGCGGUACGUUAUCGACGCGAAGGAUGACGAGUCGUCGUUGGCGCAUGGGCCGGUGUGGGAGCAGUCCCGGGAACGGAAGGUGCAGAUUGUAGAGCUUGGUAGUGGGACGGGACUGGUUGGACUUGCACUUGCAAAUGCAUACAAGACAAAAUUUGGAAAGACGGAGAGUGACGCUGGACUAGAUAUAGUCAUAUCUGAUCAAAUAAAUAUGAUGGACCUAAUGACCGAAAACAUCAAGCUCAACAACCAAGAAGACAUCGUCACCGCCGACGUAAUUGACUGGGGCAAGCCUUUAGACGAGAAAUACGUCAACGUUUCGGUCGUGCUGGCCGCCGACUGCGUUUACUUUGAGCCUGCGUUCCCGUUGCUGGAGAAGACGCUGCUGGAUUUGGCGGGCGAGAAUACGUUGAUGUUGAUGGCGUAUAAAAAGCGACGGAAGGCUGAUAACAAGUUCUUUAUGUCCAUCAAGAAAAGCUUCAAGAUAAUAGAGAUUAAAAACUACGGCGACUACUACCAGGAAUUCUCCAGAGAUAGCGUGGUUAUAUACCAGCUGGUUCGGAAGCAGCCUCCUCGGUAGUAGUUUAAUGGAUCUUCCUGACCCUGCGACUGCUCUUGCGGUCCCUCUGAUGUUGCAUGACCAAUCUUUGUAAUAAUGAUGCAUAUAUAACAGAUAACUAUUUA